ACUUCCUUUCGAGCCAAGCACGAUUGCGGUAGGCCACCAUGACGAACCCUAAGGGAUAUCGGCGGGGUACCCGCUAUAUGUUCGCAAAGGGGUUCAGGAAGCAUGGCCCCGAACAUCUGUCCACCUACAUGAAGGUGUACAAAGUGGGAGACAUUGUGGAUAUUAAGGGCAAUGGCGCCAUCCACAAGGGCAUGCCCCACAAGUGCUACCACGGCAAGACGGGCCGCGUCUACAACGUGACGCAGCACGCCGUCGGCGUGAUUGUCAACAAGAAGGUGCGCGGCCGCUACAUCGAGAAGCGCAUCAACCUGCGUAUCGAGCACGUCAAGCACAGCAAGUGCCGCGAGGAUUUCCUCAACCGCGUCAAAACCAACGCCAAACUGCGCGCGGAGGCCAAGGUGAACAAGACGAGCGUGAGCCUGAAGCGGCUGCCGCGGCCGCCGAGGGAGGCGCACGUGGUGGUGACGUCCGACACCACUAUCCAAGACGUGCGGCCCAAGCCGUACGAGUUCAUCAUCUAGUGCUGUCACCCUGUGGGAAGAGAAUACAUGGCGUGGAGCCAGCA